AUGGCACCGUUCAUUUGUGAACAGCUGCAUUGUGGGGCCACGCCUUACGGGCCCGUCGUUCGAUAUCGUACCAUCCGGACCCCGUACCUCUGUGCGCCCUGUGGGUUCACAAUGGUACCAUCAUUUGGACAGUGUCUACUGUGCCAUCCUGCCUCCUCCUCUUCAGCAUAUUCUCCUCCUCCUCCUCCUCCUCCUCCAGCAGCAUCUCCUCCUCCUCCAGCACUAUUUCCUCCUCCUCCAGCACUAUCUCCUUACUACGCCAUACCCGUCGGCGCCGACUUCGACGAUCCCCGGAGCGCCUACGUCCUCCUCCCCGCCUACCCCCAUCUCCGAAGCCUCCACCACUGCCGCCGCCGCCGCCGCCGCUGCUGCCGCGCUGCCGCCUCCUGCUGCGGCAUCGCCUUCUUCCUCUCCCUGUUCGCCUCCGCCGCCGCCGCCCUCUUCAUCCUCUGGCCCUCCGACCCCGACGUCGGCGUCGCCAGGCUCCGCCUCGACCGCCUCCACGUCGGCCCGCCGCCCCUCGCCGCCAUCGACCUCCACCUCCGCCUCGACAUCCGCGUCCGCAACCCGGACUUCUUCGCCCUCGACUACCGCUCCGUCGUCACCUCCGUCAGCUACCGCCGCCGUCCGCUCGGCUCCCUCGCUGCCGCCGGCGCCGGCGGCCGCGUGAGGGCACGAGGCGUCUCCUAUCUCGACGCCGAGCUCCGGCUCGACGGGAUCGAGGUUCUGGACGACGCCGUUUAUCUGAUCGAGGACCUCGCCAGGGGAUCCAUUCCGUUCGACGCCGUUACUGAGGUUGAGGGCACGCUAGCGCUCUUCUCCUUUCAGAUCCCCGUUAAGGGAAGAAUAUCAUGUUCAGUAAUUGUUAAUCCACACAAACAGGAAAUCAUUCGUCAUGAUUGCUACCCUGAGUAAUGGUUGAUAAGGGGCAUCAUGCUGAUUAAUAAUACAACGGACAUCGUUCACGCCUUUAUUAUGGUAACUUGGAAGCUCUGGGCCUGUAAAUAAAGUAUGUGUCUGUAUAUAUCAUACAAGCCCAAAAUUAGUAGCUUUGUUGCUAAACAGUGCAUGUAAUUUUGUGAAUAAAAGCUGCUAGCUGUUCGUUUCUAAUUUAUCUAGCGUGCUAAUUGCUGGAAUAAGAAACUAUUCUUUUUUCUUUUCUUUUUUUCUUAGUGCUUCCAUAAUUCUUUUGUAUUCUGGGACUGCAUGUGAUAAACCACAUCGAUGUGCUACAGUCUAGUAAUCUUACAAUGAAGUACCAACAAAUCUAUAUGAACGUAAAUGUAUUUAUACGGACUUUGUGCAAAUGUACACCUGUGGCUUGAUCUCA